AUGGUAGAACCCAGAUUAGAACUUGGAUUCUUUACAGAUCAAGACCAGCUGAGACAUAGAUUAGGUACCAAGGGAAAAAAUGUGAGAUUGACAGACCAGAAAAAGGAUGCUCAAGAAAUAAUUCUAAAGAAGAACGCUCUGAGAAGAGAAAGUGCUAGAAAAAAGUUGACUGAAGACAGCGAACAUGUUAUUAGGCAUCAAACAGAAGAAUUUGUAGAUCAGAAUUUCCAGGAAGAUGUGGCUGAGGUAGAAAAACGAAGGAGUGUAACUGAAGCAUUACGAGGUAGAGUAAGAGAGAAACUGAAAACAUACAAGGUUGUACAAGAAAAGUCCACAGACAAAAGCUUCUCUGAUACUAAAAUAUACCAGAAAAACCUUGAAGAGAGGACUGAGACAGAAAUCUUACCAGAUGACGGCUUUACAUUUUUUAUUAUGACUGGUGAAGAAGGCUCAGAAUUAAAAGAUUUGGACAAAAAUACAUACCAGCAGAAAUUAAUACAUGACAGUCAUCGAGAUCUUGAUGUCUUGAAUGAUGAAAGUAGUCCUCUGCUUGAUAGUAUGGAAGAAGUUUUAUUGCCAGAUGUGCUUGAAGUGAAAGCUGCUGAAUAUGAAUGCAAUGAACUGCAGAUUAACAAGCAAUGGGAACAUCUUUUUGUGCCAAGCAGUUCUCCAGUGGUUCACAGCUUUAAACUACCAAAAGGCAUGAUGCCACGCAUCCUAGAAGAUGAAGGAUUGUAUAUUCCAAGAAAACCAGAAAUUUGUAGGAGAAGUUAUAACAAAAUGGAAAAUCGUCUUCUGAAGCAAGAAGGGGGCAAAAACUGGUUUGAAGAAAGUGGGGAAAUAAUUUCAUUACCUUCUCCAAUCAAACAAUCACGGAACUUCAGAAAAAGUUUUCCUCUUAAGACUGGUCCAGGAUUAAAGACAAUAUACAAGAAGGCAAUGCAACCUGAAUUGGAAAGCUGCAUCAUAACUAAAUCAGGGGGUCAAGGAGAACUUUAUCAGCUAGAUCUCAAUAUAUCAAGUUUAUUGUUCAGCCACCAUCCUCUUUUCAGCCAAGAACAUGUGUUGGUUGCUAGGUUGCUCCAACUUUAUGAAUGCUUUCAGAACAGACAACAGCAUAAUAUAGCUCUCUUGCUAUCUGAAAAGCUUAAAGCAUUAAUAAAUGCUACCAAAAUAAUAGAAAGUAGUUUGGAAGCAAGCCAACUGAGCAGGAAAACUUUAGAUGACUACCAAUGGCAAAUAAGAGAUACCAAGAAAUUGUAUGACCUAGAACAGCAAAAAGAUAUUUCUUUAAUACAUAGUAUGUUAAAAGUCUGGAAACAAAUAAAAUCUGUACGUAGACAGCAAGAAUAUACAAGUACACCUGUAAAAUUACAGUUUCAAAAAAGGCUGACAAAGAAAAAUAAUGAGGAUGAAUAUAAGGCAGGAUUAGCACAAGAUGCUGAAAAAGACAGAUGGCUGGAAGGAGAAGAUAAUAUUGAUAACCCUGACAAUAUUUCAGAGACCUGGGGAAAACAGAAGGGAUGUUUGGAUUCAGCUCCUCCAUUGGUGAGUUCAACACAACUUUCAGAGAUAAAGGAAUCCUUUUUCAUACCACUUCUCACUUUGACUGCAGAAAUAACAGCAGUGUCCAAGUGUCCCAUGUAUGAACAGAAGAGAAGAGCCAAAGUUCAGAGGCAACAGUAUUUUAUUAAAAUAUUUUACAAUGAAAAACAAGUCUCUUGCACUUCAGUAGCUCCCCUACAGCUGGAUUUUAGAGUAAUGUUUCAGCAAAUUUUUAGUAUUCAGUUAUUAAAUUGGCCUGAAUCUCUUCGAUUGGAGAUUUGUGAAUCAUCUAAAAGGACAAAUAUGUUGGCCAAAAUAUAUUUACCUAUUCCUGACAAUACUGUACUGCAAAGCAAAGGUGUAUUGGAACAGGCGGAAUUUAGCUGUGACCAGCAAGUUAAACCCACAAAUGGAGAAGUGGGAAGCAAUGUACCUUUUCUUCUGGAUGAAAAUGAAACUGAAAAGGUGUGUCUUUUGACAUCAGGAAAACUAAUGUAUUCCUUAUCCUGGGCGGUCGAUGAGGAAGGAAUUCCGUUAGCCCCUGUAUCUCAGAAAAUAAUCUCUGCUUGUUACAGUGUGCCAAGAAACAUAAAUGCAGAAAUAGCUACUGGACUCUUGUGGUUCACUGACAGACAGAAGCUUACUGAAUGGGCCAAAGAAGUCAAGAUUGAUCCUAAUGACCCUGAGUAUUCAGAUUUGAUAGAAUUCAUUAUGUAUGCAAGAUCCAAGGAACAAACUGUGUCAAAAUAUUUUCGUCUUGAACAGCUGCAAGAAGAAUUUAACUUUGUUACUGAAGAAGAGAUUAAAAAGUGUAAACGUUUCCAGCUGUUGCAGCUUAGGAAUUCAGAGCAAUUAGAUUUCUGCCAUUUUCGGCAAAUACCACUGUAUGAUAGAGAGAUACCAGAUGCAGUCAUUCAGGAAUAUGAAAGCCAGUUAGAGAAGGAUAUAUCAAUGACAGAUGUGGAUCCUAUUACUGCUCAAAGGAUUAGGUCUGCCAACUUUAUAAGGAAGAUGAGAAAACUAAUUUUAAAGCGACUUGUCAAAGUUAAGCACAAAUUUAAUUUAAUGGAUAUUGUGAGCGAUUAUGAAGAAAUUAUAUCUAUGAGCCAUUUGAGGAAUGCAGUUUUUAAGAUAGGUGAACGCAGAAGACAUUUAAAGCCGCAAAGAAAAGAAAGAAAAAAAGUUCCAGCGCAGACAGUUUCUGAUGGAGAUGUUAAGAUUCUUAUCAGAGUAUUGAGAGCUUAUAACAUUCCUACAAGAAAUCCAUCAGUUACUAGACCAGGUGUUCAUUUGCCAGCAUAUGCAAUUAAUCAGCUGUCCCGGAGUAGACAUCUACUAUCAGGCAACUCAUCAUACACAUCUGAUCCUCUAAGUGAGGUGACUGUGCAUCCUUUUGUAGAAGUUUCUUUCCAGCACACAGUUUAUCAAACUAGCACUGCAGAUGGAUCUCAUCCAUGCUGGAAUGAAGAACUUCAAGUGGAUUUUAUAUCACCAGGACAUGAUUAUAGCUUUUCAGGACUGUCUAAAAUAAAAGACAAUAUAUAUGUCAACAUUUUUGAUGAAGUUAGGGUGGAAAAACAUGAGGUAAAUUGUAUAAAACACAAUAACUGAUCUUUUUAUUACAUUUUUUUGAAUUGGUUUUGCAUAGGUUUGUUUGUUUUACCUAAUAUAAUAAUCUAAAUAUGUUCACAGAUCUGUGGUACAUUUCAAGUAAAUACGCCACCAGUUUUGCUUGGCUACACUUGGAGCAAGCCCUGUGCAUCUCAUAAAGAAGAGCACUGUGGACAGAAUUUAAAAGAAUAUACCUUUUUAACCAUCUUUGCUACGAUUGAACCUCAGCUAUCUUCUGUUGAAAAUGAUUUAGAAUCAGAUAAGUUUGCAGAUCAUGAAGAUGAAACACUUUCGCAAAGAGCAUGCAUUUUUAAAAAAAAUUGCAAGGCAAAAUUUCCAAAAAGAAGAAUAAUAACCUCUGUUUUUGACAAUGAAGGACGAAAUAUUUUAGUUACAAAAUAUAUUAGGGCACUAAAUCCACCACAGCUGCUACUAGAUAUGUAUCUUGACGAUCCUAAUGCAACUUUUGAUCUUAUUUCUCAAUUUGUGUCUUUAAUUCCUUGUGUAUCAGAUACAUUGGAUGAAAAUGCUGAUGUUGAUGUUUGGAUGACAUCAGAGCAUUGCAUCAAUUUGGCUAUUGGAAAUAAAGGAGAGCAUGCAGUGCUUCUGUGUAACUACCUUCUGUAUUUUGGGAAAAAAGCAUGGGUGCUGUUGGGAACAUCAGUGUUAGAAGGGAAAGUGGCAUAUGUAUUAACUCAUGAAAAUGAAGAAUAUUUCCUUUGGAAUCCCUUGAAUGGGCAGUGUUAUAAACAGUUUGAUACAUUUUGUCCCCUACAAAGUGUUGACUGCUUAAUCAAUAGGGAAAACGUCUGGUUCAAUACACAGCAAAACAGUUCACCAAUGUGCAUAAGUUUUGAAAUUUCAAAGGAAGGUUUUUGGAGGCAAUUUCUACCAUACAAUUUUCAAUGCAUAAAAACACAAACUGUACAGCCAAAAGAAAUACUUUACACCCCUACUAAUGGAAGCAUGGUAGAAGAACUACAGAACAGGAUCGAAAAGACCUUAAAAAGUAAAAUAAUGGAAUGGCGAUUUCAGCAACCAACUCGGUGGCAUCGACAGUGUAUUGCUCUUCUACGACAAAUUCUUCCCAAGCUAGAAUUAAGAAAUAGGAUCUUUGUUACAGACAAAGAAGAAAAUGAAUUGGAAAGUUUACUGGAACAUUAUUGGGUGACAGGAUACCCUAUCCAGAUGCCAUACACAGAUUUACCAUCAAUAAGCGAGGCUGUGUAUCAAACUGGCAUUCAUUCUUCAGAAAUCCCAAACACAGAAUUUGCUCUUGCUGUGUAUAUUCAUCCAUACCCAAACAACAUCUUAUCUGUAUGGAUCUACUUAGUUUCUUUGGUCCGUCAUCAGUAAACAGUGCUGAAUUCAAUUAUAAUUAAACUAAGUUACUACAUGUUACCUCUCAUGGUUUAAGAUGGUUAUUUAGGCAUGAGAACUGGGACAUGAGAAGGUAAUUUUAUACCACAAGAGAUAAGCCAGUACUAUUUAUUGUACAUUAAUAGAAUUUUGUUACUGUAGAGAGAUUUUAGUUUUUAAAAAUUCUAAUUAGAUCCAUUAGAUCUAUUAUAAAUUGACCUUAUCAUUUUUGCUAAUUUCCCAAUAAUCUGAGACCAGCAUUAAACUCCUGUAAAUCAUUAGAAUGAUCAUAUUUAGUGUCCAGAGAAGUUGUUUAAAUGAUUUCUUGGAAAGUAGAGAGUAAACCCUUUGAGGAAAGAUCUUAAUGGGUUGUUUUAUAAAAGAAUUAGAAUUUAGGGUCUUGCUGCCUCAACACAGUGAAUUUCAAACAUUUCAAGAGUAACACAUAGUUGAUACUAUUAGUUAAAUAAGGUGCUGUAGAAUAUUGUGGAAUGCAUAUUAAUGUUUGACUGGUAAAGACAUAGUAGUUUACAAUGGUGAAUGUGAAAGUUGUGUAAUAAAAUACAAGUUUGUAACUUUAAUAUCCAGAAGGCUUCCCUAAAUCUUAAGGCAUUGUCCUACUCCUUUGAAAUCAUUGGGGGCAGGAACAGAUCCUUAGUGUCAUUGCUAACUUGUGAAGUUCAGUUUGUGUGUUAUGUUUUAUAUUCUUUUAAUUUUCAGUUCUACGUUUUUUUGGAAUGAUUAAUGGCAAAUAUUUUGUUCAAGUAGUGUUAUGAAAAUCCUUACUUUCCUUUAGCAGAAUGUUUAUGUUGUUUAUUUUUUUAAAACUGAACGAGUUUAACUUUAGCAUACAACAGUUAAUUGUAAACAAUAGGAUUGCAUACAAUAUACUUUAUUAUAGGGAAACAUUCAAAAGCAUAAAGCAAAGCUGUCAAAUAUAUAAAUGUUUUUAUUAUAAACUUUUAAAAUCAUUAUAAUAUUGAUAAGUAAAAAACUAGUGGUUUAUUAAUAUUAUUUUAUAUAGAAUUUUAAAAUAUAAAGUAUAAAAUAAACUAUAAGGAAUAUUAAAUUAAUAUUCCUUGUGUAUAUUAAAAUAUUUUAUCAACACAUUAGAAAAUGCCAUUGCUGAUGCCACUUGGGACAAUUUGGAAAUAAA